AUGAUCCUCCGGCGGAAGGCACAGAGCGGCAAGACCUGCUCCUCUGCUGGCAGAGUCACUUCUCAAGUUCUUCUGUCAUUUCUUGCUCUUGCAGCCUCGCCUGUCACUGGUGCCAGCAACGUCCGAUCAAAUGACGAGGCCUUGCUGCCACUUCCGCCCUCGUCGCUUUUCGUCCCCACUCCAGAACCACCACCACCUGCAGAGCAUACCUUUACAUUACGACAUGUUUUCCAUCAUGGCACCUAUCAGCACCCACGAUUACACAGGAGGAAGGAUGUAUUGCACGAAGAAGGCGAUCUUUGGCUCGCGGCAGAGGAAGGAUAUGAACAACAUCAGCUACCAACGCUGAAGGCACGAAGUCGAGCUACGAAAGUCGAGAGGCUAGUCGAUCGUCGGCCAAGUGUGGUUGAACCCAUGGUAGCUCUGGCAAGAGAGAGGGGUUAUGUCUCGGUUCUUGCACCAGACGCCUGGACUCUUGAUGAUAUACCCGGACCGAAUAUCACCGAUAAGGACACUGUUCUCAGCUUUGCAUACAUGGCCUCAAACGCAUAUGUGCAAGAGCCAGGACAACCAGACUGGGAAGAGGUCGGAGAGCCCUUCAAUAGAAGCGCCGAUUUCGGCUGGGAGAGCGAUGGCUUGCGAGGGCACGUCUGGGCGGACGAGACCAAUUCGACCAUCGUUAUUGGGCUGAAGGGGACCUCACCAGCUGUGUUUGACGGAGAUGGUACGACCACAAACGACAAAGUCAACGACAACCUCUUCUUCAGCUGCUGCUGUGCUCAGCAGGGUCAGUGGUCAUGGCAUCAGGUCUGUGACUGCGCUACUGGCACAUAUACGUGCAACAACACGUGUGUCGUAAAGGCUCUGCGUGAGGAGAACCGCUAUUACAUGGCUGCAAGGGAGUUGUAUUCAAACGUCACCGAACUUUACCCAGAUUCAAACAUCUGGGUGACCGGCCACUCGCUUGGCGGUGCCGUUAGCUCUCUUCUAAGUUUAACAUAUGGCCUGCCCGCUGUCACCUUUCAGGCGGUGCCGGAAGCCUUACCAGCUGGCAGACUCGGGCUUCCUGUUCCCCCUGGGUCAGAUCCUGACGCUCCUCAGACUCGAAAGUACACUGGCGCCUAUCAUUUUGGCCACACCGCGGACCCGAUUUAUAUUGGCACCUGCAACGGAGCUACUGCCUCCUGUUCUUUUGCCGGUUAUGCUAUGGAGUCAGCCUGCCAUACAGGCAGCGAAUGUGUGUACGAUGUGGUCGCCGACAAGGGCUGGCGGGUUGGUAUUGGUACUCACAAGAUUCGCUCCGUCAUUCAUGAUGUCAUCCUGAAAUAUGACACCGUCCCUGAGUACUACUACGACAUCUCGGUCAUCGACGACCACCAAGACUCGUACACGGACAGAAACCUGCAAGACACCUGGAUGGUGGGGAUGUUUGGACGAGACGACCACCAGAACCGGAACUACGACCAGUGA